GGCGAUGGAAGCGGCCGAUCGUCGCGCCCUCAGUGUCUCGCGGUUCAUCGAUCAGUGUGGUGUGUCGCGUUGUUGCUCCGGUGGAUUUUUUUGGUGGUUUGUUCCUGGUUGGGACGAUACUUGUUUUUUCAUUUAGUUUCCUGGAGGCAACGCGGUGAUCGUUUGAGGGGCUCUUGAACGGGCCCAGGAAUAAACAGAGGAAAGAUGCAACCGAGGAUAUACUGGAUUCUGAUCUGCACGGCCGUCAUUCUCGCGGGAUGCAACGCCGCUACCGAGAAGGAUCAAAACGAGAAAGAGAGAACAGCGGGAGGCAGUUCGACGUACAACUCCUUCUCGGACGAUCUCUACCUAGACGAUCAGCAGGAUCCUCUGGAAGGUUCUGGACGAGGUGGUAGCGAAGGUCGUGACGAUCUUGAAUCAUCAGGAAGUGGCCUUGGUCCUGACGACGAAGACGGUGAUGACGAUCACGAUUUUAACAACAACAAUAGGAUAGAAUCGACACCCAACAAGCCAACAGAACCUAAAGCACCAUACUUUGUCGACGAGCCAAGUGUUAAAACUAAAGAACAGACGAACGUCGAGACUGUAAACCGACCCGACAACGAGGUCGAUGUAAACGAGCCCUUAGAUGUCGGGGACGACCACUCGGAGAACUCGGACGACAUUCACGACGUUUACAUCAUGAACCCGAAACACGAGGACCGUGCCAGCUCUUUCUUCGCUCAGCCAGGUGUACUAGCAGCGGUGAUCGGUGGCGCAGUAGUUGGUCUGCUCUGCGCGAUCCUGGUGGUGAUGUUCAUCGUGUACAGAAUGCGCAAGAAGGACGAGGGCUCGUAUGCCCUGGACGAGCCGAGAAGAUCGCCAGCUGCUCAGGCGUUCCCUAAGCCCGGGGCGCCGCAUCAUAAUCGAGAGUUCUACGCUUGAGGCGACAAAGCUUAUCAGGCUUUGAUACCGCCCAGUUUUGUCCCACGAUACUACGCCGAGAAAGACGAUGUCCUUCGACCGAAUUAAGCGCCGACACCGACGAUAUGACACAUCCAGAAUCUCCCGCGAGGGGUCCUGUCAAACACUUCGUGCACUGACCACUGGGAGACUUCUUUCAUACGGGGCAGCGCCGUCCUUUAAUCUUUUUCUGAUCCUUCGAUCGCGCGUUCGAUCCUUUCAGUUCCAAAUUCUCGUUUAAUUACCGAACUUUAAAUCGCAAUUUACUUUUUCUUUUGUAGUCUAUUAAUAACGUGGACUAUUAACUCCAUGAUAUUUUUCUGCUCGCGGCUAGGACAGUGAACUAUCUCGUCUCCGAGAAUAGACCCUUCGCUUAUAAAUGUGUGUUUAGUUUGUAUAGUCGGAUCAUUUUUAUAUUUUAUGUUCUAUCGUGUGAUAGAAUAGAAUAGAUAAGGACGAUGGCUGAUGAAUCGCCCCAUUGAAUCGUCGGCAUGAUCGGGCCAAUUCCAGAUGCAUUUACAGCGUGUGUAUUUAAAGCGUAUAUGUACUCGAGCGUACGUAUACGCCUCUCCCCCCCUACCCCCUGUACAGAACUGAGAGCGCGAAAAUUCGUGGGCGAUAAACGCUGCUGGUAUAUCGUUAAUCAUUCUGCCUCGGUGGAAGGAGGGAAAGGAAGAAGGAUCCGUGAUUUCUCUUCGACGCGAAUAAUCCUGUGAACCGCGACCUCUCGUUUAUCGGCGUUUCCUCUUUUCCCUGCUUCUUCGUUUCUUCUUCUCUUUCGUGAUUCGUAGAAACGUUUUUAAUACUUUGACCAUGAGGCAUUUCAUCCCAUUUGGCUUCUCUCCUCGCCGAUCAGCAUUUUGAAGGAUCUUCAUUGUGUACGUUUUAUUUUGUGUCAGCUUAUAUUGUAUUUUGUAAUAUUUGUUUCUUUUUUUAGAAUAUGUUUACGUAAUUUAUUCGAGGAAACUAAUGUAGUAUCUAAAAUUAGAAGACAGAAUUUGUCUUAGAUAACAAUGACUCUGGAUGGAAAAACUAAUUAGGUAAAAUUGUAAUUUAAGGUUCUUAAUUUUUUAAAAGCUCAUUGGUAUACAUAAAGUACGAUGUAGAGUAAUUGAAUUGUGGAUUUAAUACAUAUGCGAUAAGAGAUCGUAACGUUUGCGUUUCUGGUAAAGGCAAACACAAUUCUGCUGCACUAGUUUGUUAGAAAGAAAAUCUGAAACAUACUAAGUCGAUAAUUAGUUUUAAAUUAUACUUUAAAUCGUAUUGAUCGUAGCGUAAUCAUCGUCGGAUGUUACAUAUCGAUAUUUAGUCGAGUUAAGCCGAUUCGCUAUCAAACGUUUCUCCUUCGUUUUUCUGUUCGUGAAAAUGAUUUAUUUCCAAACAGCGCAAUUGAAAUAAAUCUUUUACGCCUGUUAAAGAUCAACCUUGAAACCGUAUAUUAUCACAUUGAUACAGUGAUUCUAAUUUAUUGAUAAUCCGUAUGUAACUUAAACAGGAAGAAACAGGUACAUUCUGAAACUUCCAAAAACCAUAAAGAAGAUUAAAUGUUCAAACACAUAUUCAUUCUAGCUGUAAUUUCAAUUGAAGAUCAGCGAAAAGUUUAUGUUUCUCCUUUGUAAUCAGAGUUUCAAGUACUGAUACUUUUAAUUUAAUUAAAAAUUAUUUAACAGUCCUGUCCUUGGUUAAAAAUAAUAAUUGAUAAUGGGAUAAUUAAUAACGUCGAAACCCUGAUUUGUAAGUUAGACAUUUGCAUGUUUUGCAUGUUAAACGAAAGCCUCGAAGCGGAAGUAUCCUCAUUGAGCGCGAUUGUAUCGAUUGCCAUGCACUUAGCAAAAUAAAAAAACUCUCCACGUGCCAUUUUAAGCACAAUAAGCGACCAACAACUUUUUUUUCUUUUUACAACCGAUCGCUCGAUCCUCCGCCGAGGCUGAAAAAAAUAAUUGCGGUUUAUCUAUCAAGAAGAGAUUCAUCGAUGCCGUAAGCAAACAGCAAAGCACAACGGAUUCUUAAUGUCGCUCCCUUCUUCCACCGUAAAUUAAGUUAAACACCUUAUACAAUAUCUUAAGGAGAAAGGCUUCUUCUGCUGGUCGAAAGAGAUUCUAUUUGCCAUGAGAAAAGUAAGACGUUUAAAUUUCCCGCGCGCGCACGCAGGAGGAACAUUUCUCUUUCCGAUUCUUGAAAGAAACACGUGCGUACACAAGUUUAUAUACGUACAUGAUUUUUCGUCUCUGACUCGGAGACACGCGUAUGCCAUACUAAAACGGAAAAAAAGGGAGAAAAGCGAAAAAAGGAAAAGAAAUACGAGAAACAGUUUCAUCACGUGUAUAUCUAUUUGUUCCAGAAUUUUCAUCCGCGAUAUUUAUCUUGCGGUUGAUCAGUAUCGCGAUAUACGUUGUAAUAAUUUAUUGACUUUUCACGUAGGACCAAGCAAUUCCCCUUUCUCCCUACACUCCUUCUUUCCACUGGAUUUUUUAUUUUAUUUUUAUCCCUCUUCUUAUAGUGGUCCUGUGGAUCACUCGUUGGCGGCAAUUAUAUUAUUUCCGAUGUUUUUAGUAUACAUUUUCUUGUUUACCUCUUCCCAGGUAGAAUGCGAUACGAAACUUUUCACAUUUUAAAUAAGAAGAAUGACAUUUUGUAUGUAAUGCGUUAGACAGGAUUGUCAAUUGGUAAAUGUUUAUUUGCAUUGUCAAUUGAAAGAUGGGAAUUGUUUUUAUAAGAGGAAAAUAACUAAUUGAUAUCGUCGUAUAGUUAUUGGAAAUAAUAGCGUUCGUAGAUACAAUUUUUAAUCAUUUUAUCCGGAACAGACAUGAACGAGUGAUAAACCAUGACAGACCUCUAGGUUUACAGUCACGUUUGAUGGCUUUGAAAUUUUCAAAAUUUCCACGUCUUUAAAAUCCCCAGAUUCCCAAAUUCGCAAAUUUUUAAUUCCUGACUCGUCACUCGGUCAUGCCUAAUCGAGGAAAUAUUGUUUCAUUACGUCUCUCUACUUUCACGCAAUACAAAAUCUCGUAGGUUCUAGCGCUAUCUGUUAGACCACGAUAUUAAUUGACGUUAACUUUCGACGUUUACCUGACGAAUAAAUGUGAAUAUUGAAAACAAAGUUUCAAUUCUUCGUAAAUAAUUUUAUAUAUACGAUGUUAUAUGUUUAUAAUAUCUUAUAUAUAACGUUACAUCAUUAUUAUAUCCUGUGCAAUAAUAAUAUGAAUUUUACGUACACUCACCGUUGCAUUUAUUAUCGCCCGAAUUGACCAAACAAACAAAAAGGAAGUAGUGCAUGCAAUAUUAAAUGAUUUUCUUAUAACCAAAUCAGUGACGAAUCUAUAUUUUUGAUGCUAAUAAAUAAAAUGGUUAGGUUUCUAUUUAUUUUUCAAGACUAAUAUAAUAAUACAAUCAAGAUGGAUGUAAAUGUUUCUACCUGGGCUGGAGGAACAGAAGCGCCAUUUUUAUAUGAUUUUAAUACGUUGGGGUAAACUAAAAAUAUCAUGUGAAUACUGCCAUACACUAACUGCAUACAUAAGGGACAUCAAUUGUGUAUGAAAGUUAUCGUUCCAAUUUGUUAAUUAUUAUUCUAAACUUUAUAUUGUAUGUUUGCCCAUCUUCUGCAUUUAAAAACGAUCGUUCUAACGUUAUGGGCAAAGCGUUUAAAUUUAAUCAACGUGUUCUUAUUAUUCUUGGAAUUUUUAUGGACUACAUUCUUACGUUUGUUGAAAAUUAUUUUAACAGAAAUCACCUCGUUGAUGUACAUUUGAGUGCAAAGUAGUCUUCUACGUCCUUAUGUCAUAUUUUAGGUAGUCAGGUCUACCUUGGUCUCUCUCUUUAUAUCAAUAUCCCAGGAAAUUUUCAAGGGUAUCCCAAAAUCAAAAGCAAACAAUAAGAUAACUUUUACCCUAUCGUUUCUUUAAUCUGAAAAAUUUAAGUUGCACCCAAAUGUACAUUACCAGAUAUGAAGAAUUCCGAGAAACGGACAAAUUAUCAGUCGAUACAUUUUGAUAAUGACAUGCUGCAUCAAAAUCAACCUUAUCAAUUAACAAGAUAGCAUUGGAUUAUUAUAAGAAGUUUGUUUAUAAAGUAUUUAGGAAAAUAGGAACAUUAUCAGGAUUAUGAUAAUGACAUAAAAAUAAGCAUACUGAUUUGAAAAAAAAAUGAAACAACUUACUGUAUGCAAAGAUUGUACGAGGAACAAAAUCGUAAAUAAAUAUUAUCUAGCAAAUGAUCAAAGUUAUCUAAAAAGUAUCAGGAAGAUUGUAUCUGAAAGAUAUGUUUAAUAUUCGUCAUCGUCAAUUUCUCAUAUGAGCUCGUAAUUUUUUAUUUUAUAUAUUUUAAAAUAAAUUAUUAUAAAAGUACUGAUGGCGAACCUUAAGAGGAUUCGGUUAAAAUAAAAACUAAGUCAAUUGCUUUGUCUGUUUCACAUAAAGUUGACGACACAACGUUUGUGCAGUAGCCACAAUUUUAUGCUUUGCCUUUAACUCAGAAACUCUAAAACUUCACAGUUCCAUAAAUUUAUUUCUUCCGUGUUAUUUAACCUUUUAAAAUCGAUUCUGUUAUUUUUUAAUUUACCCCUCAUUCCUUCGAAGGAACCCGGAGAUUGAAUCAUAAUCUUUAUUGUAAUAAUAAUCGUAUGCAACAUAGACGAAAGAUUAUUUGUUAGAUAGUAAUUAAUUUCCCGCGUGGCGAUGCGGAGUGACGCGAGAUUCUCUUCUUUAUUGUCUCGAAAAGAUUAAUUAUUGUUUUUAUUAAUUAUUUCGAACACGCUUUCGUUGGUAUAAAAGCGAUAAAUGUGAAAGAGGUAAAAUAAAGAAAAGGAACUAUCAGUGUACGCUGCAUCUCCACGUGGCUCAUUUAAUACUCGAAAUGCGCUGUCUACGUUCUAUGCGACAAGAAAAAAAAUAAAAACAAAUACUAAUUGUAAUAAAAUCAUAUUUUAUAAGAGGAUGUAAUUCCGUAAGAGUACUAUAGCAAUGCGAAGUCUGUCUAACACUAGACGAAAACCUAUUAGACCAGGUGGACGAAUGAAUAAUAAUUUUAAAAGUGAAUACAAUUAAUAUUUAAUGAUAACGGUAA